UCCAAUAAUUCAGUUGCAAUUCAGUCUCAGUCGAAAUCUACACAAAUAUUCAGCACAGAAAUCACAGAAAAUGUUGAACACCCCGAUUCUUAUCUUGAUUUGUCUACACUUCUCGUUAAUUAUUGUGGGCGCUUCAGACUUUGAGCAAGAUCACUGCCUGAUAUCAAACGAGCUGGAAGAACGAUGCGGUGCCGUUUGCUAUCCCACUGUCAAGCCGCUGCUUCGAUAUGUUGGAUCAUGCCACAACAAGGACAAGCAGCUGGCCAAACUGAAGGACAGAGUCCGCGACCAGGAUGUGGAGCUGAUCAAAUGGAAGAGUGCGCUGGAUGCACUCAACGAAUUCAACCAACGGUCGACAGCAGGGAAGGGCUCUUGUGGCCAAAACAACACGCUGAGACAGGCCAUCGAAGCUGUGAACCAACUCAAAGUUGAGUUAGGCUACAAGAUGUACAAACUGCAUUCUAUAGUGGGGAAAAUAUCGAAUAUAGAAAAAUAAAAUUUAAAAAAA